CUAGUUGUCUACCUUUUUAUUCAGCAAGUCGCAUCCCAUCAUUCUUUUAUUUGACAUGGAACAACAAGUAUCUAAAAUUAAGAAGAACAUAUGUAGAAAAGUACAUCAGAAUGGACUUCAAAGCUUAGUUGUGCGUGAGUUUAGGCCAGUGGACAAAGAGGAGGUGCAGCGGAUCUAUUGUGAGGGUUUCAUGGAGAUGAUACCAGACACUGCAUUCAGAGGCUUGAGACAUCACCCUGAGAGACUCCUACUCUAUGCUGCUAUGACAGUUCUAUGUUUUGUCAUCACCAUGUGUUGGUGGGUGAUAGCGCUCCUCCCAGCUAUUGUGCUGGGUUGUCGCUACUUCUACAGCAGGCGUGUGAUCCAUGGUUACCUGGAACACGUCAUGAGCAAGGACAUGGGUGACAUUGAGCGGUUCUACAGUAAAUCACCAGACUCCUGCCUGUGGGUUGCAGUGCUGGAAGGCAAAGUGGUGGGUCUAGUAGCAGCAGUGGGCCAGCAGAGACCAAGACGUGCUGUUGAGCUGCAGAGGAUGUCUGUUGACCGGAGGUAUCGGCGGUAUGGGGUUGCGUUUGAGCUGGGUCUGAAAGUUCAGGACUUUGCUGCUGCUCAUGGUUACUCUACUGUUGUGCUGGGAACCAUUGCGUACACUCCAGCUCCCCACCGCCUCUACCAGAGUCUGGGUUACUGCUGUGUGGGGGUCACAAAUGGGUAUGCCACACCUGGAGCGGGAAUGUCUUUAAUGGAAAGACUUUUCUACAAAGUCCGCCAUCACUCCUACAGCCUGGAUGUGCAAAAUAACAAGUUGAGUCAACACUGAGCUCAGUGACAGUACAGAAAGAAUAUCCAGGGAAACAACAGCAUUGCUCGUCUUUUCAAACACUUGGUCUAUGUCUAUGUUUACGUCUAUGUACUUUUUUGAUCAACAAAAACUGCCUGUCCUCUCUCAGGCACAAUGAGUUGUGUGUUGUCAGCUAAACACAUAAUGUCCAUUUUCAAGUUUUAAUCACAUGUCAUCAGCUAUCUGCAAAGUCAGAGGCUUUUGUGCUCACACUGCAGAUCAAUCAACUGAACCCCUGCAUAGCUUUGUUCUUCGACCGCACCAAUAAAGGUUCAUCAACCAAAAUGACCAUGUCCUCAAAAAUGAUGGAACAUACAAACAGAAGAGGGCAGGAUGGUUUUAUGAAAUCCUAUCAGGAGGGGGAGCAAGAAGAAAAAUAAAAUAUAGAAAAGCAGAUAAUAUGGUCUGUCUUUGGUUUUGACCAGUCCUUCAUACCCAGAAUACCUAAUUCAUAUAACUGCUUCCAUGGCGUUCUACUUCCUGCUGGGGUUUAAGAGCCAAAGUCUAUUCCUUGUCUUCACUUACAUUUUAUUUCACUCUUAUCUACUCAUUUUCACCUAAAAGAUAUCAAGAUUUAAAAAUGUUCUCUCUCCUUCCUGUCAUUUGCUACAAUUUCAGCCACAUGUAAAUUUGUACUCUAGGUGCCUGAUCUACUAAGAUCCCAGAUAAACAGUGCUACAUUUUUGUGCAUUAUAACAGGUUUGGAUAGUUAGCUUGCAUAUUUUUUAUCGGGUGAAAUCAAGUUUGCACAUGUUUUUAGACAUGCAAACCUUUAGUAGAUCAGGCCCUAGUAGGAUUAAAAGAAGCUCACGACAACUUAUGCUGUCUUUUGUUUUGGGUGACUAAUUCAGAGCUAAGAGUGUCUAUCAGUGACAAACAUUUAUUUUGUUGUUUAAAUUUGAUGAUUUGUGGGAAUUGGGAAUUUGUGCUGACACAUGUGCAAUGUAUACAGUACAUAUAAUGAAAUGUACCUUUUGUGAUUAUGAAUUACUAUCCCUUUAUAUAACCAUUUACGCAUUAAUAAUAAAUAAAUUGUA